GUCGAUAUUUUUACGCAACCAAACAGUAGGGACUAGGGAGCUUCUCUUGUUCCCUUCUUGCGACGGAAGCAAAAGUCGAACCAGGGACAGACAGACAGAUCGCAGGAGGCGAUGGCCGACGGAGAGGAUGCCGCCGCCGCCCGCCGCCGCUCCGCGGUGUCCGAAUACCGGAAGAAAAUGCUUCUCUGCAGGGAGAUCGAAUCGCGCGUCGGAGUUGCAAGGGAAAACCUUAAAAAUGCUAAGAAAGACUUUGCAAAGACUGAAGAUGACUUGAAGUCACUGCAAAGCGUUGGACAGAUAAUAGGAGAGGUUCUCCGCCCUCUUGACAAUGAACGUUUUAUUGUUAAGGCUAGCAGUGGUCCAAGAUACGUUGUCGGGUGCCGGAGUAAAGUGGACAAGGAGAAGUUAACUUCUGGAACUCGUGUAGUGCUGGACAUGACAACUUUGACAAUCAUGCGCACUCUGCCAAGGGAGGUGGACCCUGUGGUGUAUAACAUGCUACAUGAAGAUCCGGGGAAUGUCAGUUACUCUGCUGUAGGCGGUUUAUCUGAUCAAAUUAGAGAGCUCAGGGAAUCAAUCGAGCUUCCUUUGAUGAACCCGGAAUUGUUUCUUAGGGUUGGAAUUAAGCCUCCCAAGGGCGUUCUACUCUACGGCCCACCAGGAACCGGGAAGACACUGUUAGCGAGGGCUAUCGCCAGUAACAUUGAUGCUAACUUUCUGAAGAUUGUAUCAAGCGCUAUUAUUGACAAAUACAUUGGAGAAAGCGCUCGUCUAAUUAGAGAAAUGUUUGGCUAUGCAAGGGAUCACCAACCAUGCAUUAUCUUCAUGGAUGAAAUUGAUGCAAUUGGUGGGAGAAGAUUUAGUGAGGGAACUAGUGCCGAUCGUGAGAUCCAGCGAACGCUGAUGGAACUGCUCAAUCAGUUAGAUGGAUUUGAUGAGCUUGGCAAGGUAAAGAUGAUCAUGGCAACAAACAGACCUGAUGUUCUUGACCCUGCGCUCCUUCGUCCCGGGCGUCUCGACAGAAAGAUUGAGAUUCCACUACCAAAUGAGCAAUCAAGGACAGAAGUUCUUAAAAUUCAUGCAGCUGGUAUUGCCAAGCAUGGGGAAAUAGACUAUGAAGCAGUCGUGAAAUUGGCUGAAGGCUUCAAUGGGGCUGAUCUUCGCAAUGUCUGCACCGAAGCUGGCAUGGCUGCUAUUCGUGCAGAGCGGGACUACGUGGUCCACGAGGACUUCAUGAAGGCAGUCAGGAAACUGAACGAUGCCAAGAAACUGGAAUCCAGUGCCCACUACAGCGCGGACUUUGGCAAAGAUUAAGGCACGGUAGUCACUGAUAAACCAAUCCUGCUGCAAUGGAGAUGCACUUUUUCUUGAACCAUGCGGGAGUUCAGCUGCCAUGUCGCAAAAGCAUCAAGGAACCGGUUAUUUACCUUGCAGCUUCAGGGCCACAAGCUGAAGCUGCCACUCUUCAUGUGUGCAAUCAAAGUCAAAAGAGAAACCAUUCUACAUUUUUACAUCAGAUGCUCUUUGCUUGUACGGUCACUCUUUCUUCUUUGGAGAGCUUCUAUGCGACAUAAGUCUUGUUAACUUUAGUUUGGGCUGUUCCAUGUACUUUUAACAAUGUGCUUGGUAAAAAGGCUAUUUUCUGUUCACCUUAAA